AUGGAGCAUUCAUCCGACAAAUCAGACAAAUCCUCUCACAGCAUCGGCCUACAGCAGUCCCACCAUGGAAGUGCAACUACUUUCAACGACGACUCUUCUGCUGAGCCUGCCUUGGACAAGACAGAUGUGUUAGAUUCGGUCAUUGAUGCGAAGGCCCCGAAAACCGGAGAGUGGGCGCUUGCCCACAAGGUGCACCGCUUGCGUGAGCGAGAGAUCGAAGCUGGACUAAAGAGUCGGGAAUUGGGUGUCACUUGGCGAAAUUUGAAUGUGGAGGUUCCUGCAGCUGAUUCGGCCAUCAAUCACAAUGCCAUUUCCCAGUUCGACUUUAUGCAACACCUCCGAGCACUCCGCCACAAACCUCCCCAGAAGAAAAUUCUUAUCAACAGCCAUGGAUGCGUCAAGCCUGGUGAAAUGCUGUUAGUUCUGGGGCGUCCCGGAUCUGGUUGCACGACUUUGCUGAAACUUCUUGCAAACCGCCGCGGCGCCUACACUAUCGACGGGGAUGUGCACUUCGGGACAAUGGAUCAUAAAGAAGCCGAAGCAUACCGAAGCCAAAUUGUGAUGAACACCGAAGAGGAGAUUUUCUUCCCCACCUUGACAGUCGGUGACACGAUGGACUUUGCAACAAAGAACAAGGUCCCGCUCAACCGGCCUUCGGAUUUACCCACAGCAGAGGAUUACAGAGUGGAUAUGAAAGAAUUCCUCCUCGAAUCUUUGGGAAUCUCUCAUACAUCGAAUACGAAAGUCGGGAAUGAGUACGUACGGGGUGUAUCUGGCGGUGAAAGAAAGCGUGUCUCCAUUAUGGAAUGUAUGGCCGCCCGCGGCUCAGUGUGCUGCUGGGAUAACAGCACCCGUGGCUUGGAUGCGAGCUCAGCACUCGACUGGGCAAAAUGUAUCCGCUCGUUGACUAAUACCCUUGGACUGGCAACCAUCGUUACCCUCUACCAGGCAGGCAAUGGAAUCUAUGAUUUAUUUGACAAGGUCUUGGUGUUGGACGAGGGCGAGGAGAUCUACUAUGGUCCUAUGGCUGAGGCCCGGCCCUUCAUUGAAAGCGUUGGCUUUGUGUGCCGUGAAGGUGCAAACGUGGCAGACUACCUCACUGGUGUUACGGUGCCUACUGAGCGUGAAAUUCAACCCGGUCAUGAAAAUUCCUAUCCUAGGACUGCCCGUGAGAUUCGCAAUCAUUACGAAGCCUCGCCCAUUUUUCAACAGAUGAUUCAACAAGAGGAAGAAUACCCGACCUUAGCUGCCACUAAGCAACGCACUGAAGCUUUCCAGGAGACCAUUGCUUUAGAGAAGCACAAAUCUCUUCAAACCGGCAGUGUUUUCACCGUUAGUCUCUACCACCAAGUUCUCGCCUGCAUUGUCCGGCAAUACCAGAUCAUCUGGAACGACAAAGCCACAUUUGGGAUUCAGCAGAUAUCAUCCCUUAUUCAAGCACUAAUUGUCGGAUCCUUGUUUUACAAUGCUCCAGAGACCAGCUCAGGGCUAUUCCUCAAGUCCGGAUCCAUGUUUUUUGCUAUCCUCUACAACGGAAUUUUGACUCCCAUGUCCCAAGUGGUUGAUUCUUUCACCGGUCGUCCCGUUCUGAUCAAGCACAAACACUUUGCAUUCUUUCACCCUGCCGCAUUCUGUUUCGCCCAGAUUGUUCUCGACGUUCCUAUCAUCUUGUUCCAGAUUUCUAUCUUUUCGUUGGUGCUGUACUUUAUGACAGGGCUUGUUAUGAAUGCCGCCAACUUCUUCACCUACUGGAUUGUACUAUUCGCCGCCUCUAUGUGUCUGACCCAAAUGUUCCGCGGAAUUGGAGCUCUCUUCUCAACCUUCGAUGGCGCGUCUAAGAUCUCAGGUUUCCUUGCCACCGUCUUAGUCGUUUAUGCGGGUUAUAUGAUCGAGAGGCCUCAGAUGCAUAUGUGGUUUGGAUGGAUCUUCUACGUCAAUCCUAUGGCUUAUGCCUUUGAGGCCCUUGCUUCAAAUGAACUUCACGGCAAGAUCAUCCCCUGCGCCAACGCCAACCUGAUCCCGAAUGGUAUUGGAUACAAUAAUUCCAGCUAUCAGGCAUGUUCAGGUGUUCCAGGUGCCUCACCUGGUGCCACUUUUGUCACAGGUGACCAAUACCUCUCUGCCAUGGCCUACUCCCACUCUCAUAUAUGGCGAAACUUUGGUAUUCUAUGGGCCUUCUGGGCUUUCAAUGUUUUCAUCACUGUGGUAUCUACCAUCUUUUGGAGCGAUAGCUCCGAAUCUGGAGCUUCGAUGCUCAUUCCUUACGAAAAACGACACCAUCAUGCUCGAGUAGUAGACGAGGAAUCGCAAAGUGGUCCUCAGGGAGCCAUCAAGUCAGACGAAAAGAACAAAGGUCCUGGGAAUUUGGAACGAAAUUCCUCAAUAUUCACCUGGAAAAAUCUAACAUACACGGUCAAAACACCCACAGGAGAUCGAGUUCUUUUGGACAAUGUUUAUGGCUGGGUUCAACCUGGAUCCCUGACGGCUCUCAUGGGAUCCAGUGGAGCCGGGAAAACCACCUUGCUAGAUGUUCUUGCGCAGCGCAAGACUGAAGGCACAAUCCGGGGAUCUAUUCUAGUUGACGGCCGUCCUCUUCCUCUCUCAUUUCAGCGAUCUUCUGGGUACUGCGAACAACUUGAUGUCCACGAGCCACAUGCCACAGUUAGGGAAGCUCUCGAAUUCUCGGCUUUACUAAGACAACCAAAGGAGGUCUCAAAGUCAGAGAAGCUAGCGUACGUUGAAACCAUCAUUGACCUGCUCGAGCUUCAUGACAUUUCGGAUACCUUGAUUGGACAAGUUGGCGCCGGACUGAGCAUUGAGCAACGGAAACGAGUGACUAUUGGAGUCGAGCUGGUUUCGAAGCCUAAGAUUUUGAUAUUCCUUGACGAACCGACGUCUGGCCUGGACGGACAGUCUGCUUUCAAUACUGUCCGAUUUUUGCGAAGACUUGCCGACCAUGGACAAGCGGUACUAGUCACGAUUCAUCAGCCCUCCGCGCAACUCUUUUCGCAAUUCGACAAUCUCCUUCUACUUGCGAAAGGUGGAAAGAUGGUUUACUUUGGUGAGAUUGGUCAAGAUGGUUCCUGCAUCAAGGAUUAUUUUGGAAAACUAGGAGCAAAAUGCCCCGCCGGGGUGAACCCAGCAGAAUUCAUGAUCGACGUUGUCUCUAGCCAUGUCCUUCCUGGGAUCGAAUGGCAUCAGAACUGGCUAGAGUCUCCACAGCACACAAAAAUGGCUGCUUAUCUUGAUAGCCUUGUUGCCGAUGCAGCUGCCAAGCCGCCUGGCUUUGACGACGACAACAAUGAAUUCGCUACCGCCCUCUGGACGCAAACGAAGUUAGUCACACAAAGGAUGAGCAUAUCUUUAUACAGAAACACCCCCUACGUCAACAACAAGUUCAUCCUGCACAUAAUUCUGGGUCUUUUCAACGGUUUCACCUUUUGGGACAUCGGAGACACACUCGGUGAUUUACAACUACGGCUUUUCGCUAUUUACAAUAUUCUAUUCAUUUCGCCUGGUGUCAUCACUCAACUGCAACCCCUUUUCAUUGAGCGUCGCGAAAUUUACGAUGCUCGUGAGAAAAAGAGUCGCAUUUACUCAUGGAAAGCAUUCGUUACUGGCCUUAUCAUUUCGGAAUUUCCUUACCUCUGUAUCUGUGGUGUCUUAUACUUCGCUUGCUUCUACUACACAGCUGGGUUCCCAAAGGCAUCAACUCGCUCUGGAGGAACGUUCUUUGUUAUCUGGCUGUACGAAUUCAUCUAUACUGGACUAGGUCAGGCAAUUGCUGCUUACGCACCAAACGCCACAUUCGCUGCUUUAGCAAAUCCGUUGAUCCUCGGUACCAUCGUUGCUUGCUGUGGUAUGCUCAUUCCUUACAGUGAAAUCACGGUCUUCUGGCGAUACUGGCUUUACUAUCUCAACCCGUUCACUUACGUCAGUGGCUCUCUUCUUGUCUUUAGCACAUUUGGCGUGGAUGUCAAAUGUGCAGACAGCGAGUUCGCCGUCUUUGACCCGCCUAGCGGCCAAACUUGUGAUACCUACCUCAGCUCUUAUCUACAAGGCUCAGGAUCUCGUACAAACCUUGUCAAUCCCACGGCCACACAGAAUUGUCGGGUCUGCGAGUACAGAACUGGAGAUGACUACUUGUACUCUCUGAACAUUAAGGAUUAUUACUAUGGCUGGCGUGAUGCGGCAAUUUGUGUGAUAUUUGUUCUCAGCUCUUACGGCAUGGUCUACCUGAUGAUGAAAGCCAGAACAAAGGCUUCCAAGAAGGCCGAGUAG